AUGUCUUCUACUUUGGCGUGUGUUGAAAUUUUCCAGGUGAAUAGAACUUGCAACAUAUGUAAUAAAUUAUUUUGUUGUACGGAGUGUUGUAAUAGGCAUAAAAAAAAUAAACAUCCAAAUCAAGAAUUUUAUUGUCCGUUGUGUCACGACGAAAAGUUUCCGUUGCAUCAAAAAUUAGAUGAGAAAUUACUAAAUCAUGUAAUCAUCAAUCAUCUUCCCUUGUAUUGUUACUUGUGCGGUGAUUGUUUCGAACAAAACAAGGAUUUCGAAUUAUAUGAUUCCUGUAAAUUUUGGUUUACAAAACGAGCUCAAUUAUCGAUAUCCGAAAGAAGAUCUCUCUUGGCUACACCGGUCUCAUGUUGUUUGGGAACAAAAAAGAAAGAACAUUCAACAAUCGAUGGUGAUUACAACAGUAAUUUCGUUGAAUCGUUAACAUCACCACCACAACUUUAUAGAACAACUAGUACACCGAUGCACGUUGCUGUUACGAGUCAACAAACGAGCUUCGAAUACAAAACACCACACUUACCGAAUUUUUUAUUAAAGACACCUAACAUAAGUUCGGCGACAUCAAUUAAAAGUUACACAUACUCCUCGGAUUCUAAAAUAAAUGAUUAUUGUGAGGGUAAGUCUAGUAGAUAUUUGACUUGUUAUACUAAUUUGGAUAAAACACCAUUUCGAUCUUUACCAAGUAAUUUUGGUGUGGAAGAACAACAAUUUAUCACGAAAAACACACCAAAAGAAUUGACUUUACCGGUUAUGAAAGAAGGAGAAGAAAGUGAAUAUGUAACUGCUAAGAAAACCGAAAUUUUGAACUAUGAAAUUGAAAAAUCUAAUGAUAAUAUGGAAUUAACAGAAGUUCAAGGUGGUCUAUUAUCAGAAAUGAAAAAUGUUGAAGUACGAAUACACGAGGAAAGAAGAUCAAAUUCAUUUAAAAAAGUACGAUUUUCUGAUCAAUAUGACAUGAGCAGAGGUAGUACCGGUAGUACGAAUAUGACGGGAAACGAUGAAUAUUAUGAAGCACGACAGUCUUUAUCACGAUCGACUGUUAGGAUGGAAGAAAUACCCAUGGAAUCAGAUAAAGAGAAACUGAAUUUUUCUGUUACGAAUAAAAUGUCUGAUAAAAAUAAAAAUGAAUUAAACUCAGAUGAGAAGAACAAUAAUAUUGAACAAGAGAAUCGAUCGUACAACAGAACACGUAGCAACAUAUGCGUUACUCAAAAGACUUCUGGCUCUUCUCGUGUGGUGAUGAUGGUGAUUGUCGAGGACAAUUUGUCCGGUGAAACGUCAAACAAUAUCGGACCUCUUAUCGAAUCUGGCUUAAAGGAAUUAUCAUCGAUUUCCGAUCUGGCUGAAAGUAAACUUUCUCAAACGACAAGUAGAAAAUCGACCACCACGUUGAUGGACAAUAAUAAAGAGAACAGUGACAACUAUGAAUACUAUCCUGCAUCAAAUUCCGUAUCGUCGUCGCACAAUAGUAGCGUAGAAAGUUCCUUAAAUAGAAAGAACGAUUGUGCAGGUCUGUUUUCCAGUAUGACGCAUGCUGUUAAACAAGUUUUCAGAAGUUUUUCUGGUGGAAAUUUUUUAAUGUCAACUUCGAACGCUCAAAUGUUUCAAAAUGACGAAAUAUCUUCAUCAUCGUCAACCGACAAUUAUCUACCAAGUUGUACUUCUUGUUCGUCAAAUAUUAAUUCUCGUAAACGAUCAAGAGAUUUAAGGGAAAAAUCCCCAUCCUCGGAUGUGAUGACGAGAACCGAUUCUACCAUUUCACAUGUGGAUGAUAGAAGUCCAAUGCCGAAAAGACACCGUGGUUGGUAUAAAAUCAAAGGUCGAGAGCCCAUUGCAAGAAUGAAAAAUCAAUUGUCUUCUCCAAGAGGAAUAUCAUCGGAGACACAAGUUUUUAGUCAAGGUUCAUUGUCUGUUGGAAAUACAGUUAUACCGAUUCCAUCACGAGCACAUCAAUCUGUGCGAUUCGAUAUUAUAUCUAACGAUUAAAGAAAAAUUGAUCAAAUGUUUCAAAUAAUAUUAGUUCAAAGCAAUACAAUAUUAGCUUAUG